AUGUUUACAUUCGUUCUUUGGUUAGCCGUCGUUUCACACGCGGCGGCGCUUUCGAGAGGGUGUAAUACAAGAGCUGAUAUAGCGCUUGUGAUAGACUCAUCAGACACAGUAGGACAAAUUGACUUUAACAAACAAAUAGAUUUUCUGAAGGAUGUGACAAACAAAUUAAAUGUGGGACGAGAUCAAGUUCAUGUUAGUGCAUUGACGUUCAGCUCCGGAGUUCACAACGGGUUCUACCUCAAGGAUCACGUGGCCAAGAGCGAUGUUCUGCACGCGCUCUCUAGUAUUCAGUAUAUCCCUGGUAACGCCGAUACUGCUGAUGCCAUUAAGUUUAUGUCACAGCAAAGCUUCAGUCCGGAACAUGGAGUCCGGGGAGAUGUGCCACACAUUGCUGUUCUUCUGACGGACGGGCCCUCUACCACAAAAGCUAUUACUAAACUACAGGCCCAAACUGCGAAGGACAACAACGCCAUCAUAUAUACGGUUGGCGUGGGAAGCGGCGUAGAUGUUGACGAACUGACGUCCGUGUCCAGCAAUCCAGACCUCAGAUACUCCAUGUUUGCCGAUAACUACGACACUCUCAGGAGCUUGUCGGAUAUGCUCGCAACCAAAAUCUGUAAUGAGCUACCACCGGACACAUCGACUCUCCCAGUUCCAACAGGUUGUCUUCACAAGGCAGACGUAGUCUUCAUGGUAGAUUCCUCUACAAGUGUGGGAAGCGAAGACUUCCAGAAAACUCAAAACUUCUUGAAGAACAUCAUUACAAACAUGGAUGUUGGCCACGACAAGGUGCAGGUCGGUGUCAUGCAAUACAGCAGCUACCCAACCAUGGGCUUCCCUCUCAUACUAUAUAAUAAAACCGGCGAUGUCCUGCAUGCUGUGGAGAAUCUGCACAUGAUCAGUGGAGGAACAAACACAGCCGAUGCGAUCAAAUUCACCACAGACGAAAUGUUUUCUGCCACAAGUGGAGCCAGAAGCAACGUUUCUAGAAUUGCCAUUUUACUUACCAACGGCGGUACUGUGAACAGUCACGCUGCUAUCAAUGCUGCAGAUGUGGCGAGACAAGCAGGGAUUGGAGUAAACGUUGUGAGCAUCGGAAACAACACCAACCAACAAGAGAUUAAUGCCAUUGCCAACCAGCCAGCUGAAAAUCACGUUGUGAUUGUUAGCAACUUCGACCAACUUGAACAAAAAGCAGCCCAGAUCCUUAACCAGGCAUGUAACGUCACAAACACGUUCAACUUUGCUGCCUCUGCUGCCGUAACUUGUGCUGACAAAAUCCCAAACUGCAGGGAAUAUGGAAGUAGCGUGUGUAGAGACUAUCCAACCUGGGCCGAAACCAACUGUAAAAAUACAUGCGGACGUUGUGCAUAUCAGUAUACCAUAAAUUUCCCAACAUGCACCAACAAACUAACCAAUUGUGACAGUUAUGGCAAAGCUAUAUGUACCUCCCACGAAAGCUGGUCACGUGACAACUGUUCACUGUACUGUGGCUUCUGCGGUGCUGUAGGCAGCUCCAAUGGAUUCUAUGGAAUGUGUAACUACAAGGGAAAGCGAUACCAGACUGGGGAGAAAUGGGUUGAUGGAUGUGAUUAUGAAUGUGUAUGCAAUGAUGGAAGCAAAGGCACCUAUAAGUGCUACAACAGAUGCCCCUUGUAUUACAAUCUGCCGUCUAUGUGUACCUUGGUGAAGAAGGAGGGCGGGUGCUGUUUACAACCGGUGUGCAACUUUAAUCCAUCAAUCACCCGAUUCAACAACACAGCUAUGGCAACCACGGCUUCUGGAAUACCUGUGUGCAGUUACAAAUCUAAGCUGUAUUUCCAAGGACAGACUUGGAAGGACUCCUGCCAGUAUCAAUGUACUUGUACAGAUGCCUCUAAGGGACUCUACACUUGUGAACAAUUGUGCCCCACCUAUCCAAUCCUCCCUGCCGGUUGUCACUUACAUCAAGCCCCUGGUUCCUGUUGCCAAACCCCACGAUGUGAAUUUAAUCAACAACAGGGUAGCUACACAGGCUAUGGUUUCACCAGUGGCAAUGGAACAGCUCAAAAUGUGGAUCCACCUCAGCCCUGUGUAGAUGCUGCCACCAACUGUAAAGUUUACGGGAAAUCUGUGUGCAAAACCUAUGCACAAUGGUCCUCUGACAACUGUCGAAAGUACUGUGGCAUAUGUCAAAACUUGGUCGUUAAACCUGCUGCUGGAGACGUGUGCAUAUACAUGGGUAAGACUUACCAGCAGGGACAGACCUGGGAGCCAGAUUGUAGCACAAGGUGUACCUGUGAGAACGCCCAUUACGGCUACUACAGAUGCAACGAGGCAUGCCCGCAUUAUAAUAACCUACCGGCUGUUUGCAAUACAGUGAAGAGAGAGGGAUGUUGCCCUGUUGUUGAAUGUCAGACUGGAGUUUUCUAUACAUCCAGUCAAAACAUUGACUCCAUUGGAAACGGAGGACUGAUUACAGUUCAGCAUCCUCCCGCUAACCACAUCCAGAAUCCACCUUAUGGGCAAACCCAGAUAGGAUCCGGAGGAACUGGAUUCAUGGCCCCUACACUGAGAGGUUGUCUGUACAAUGGUCAGAUUUAUGGACAUGGACAAAUGUGGGAUGAUGGUUGUAAGUACACCUGCACUUGUAUGAACGAUGUCACUGGUGACUACAGAUGUCGUGAAAAAUGUCCAUCCUACCCAAAUAUGACAUCGACGUGUGUUAUGAUCACAGACACUAAUGACCCAUGCUGCAAGGUCCCUAAAUGUGGAUUUGAUGUUGCUACUGGUCAAAUCCCCAUACCAGUGCCUUCUUAUAAUCAGACAUCCAUUGCAGUUGGAAUUGUAAAGCCUCCAACCCCUACCGUAUAUCCAACUCUUUCCCAAAAUACAUCUUGGGUAAUUUUAAACACAACUGGAGGACAACCUGUUGCACCAACUGCCCCAGCAAAUGUCAAACAAGGUUUCUGUAUCUACAAAGGCCAGCGUUAUAGUGCGGGAGAGACCUGGGAUGACGGCUGUGACUACAACUGUGUAUGUGAUGAUGGCUUACUGGGACACUACAGAUGUAUAAGCAAAUGCCGAACAUUUGACUACGUCCCACGGCCACAAUGUAGACUUAAACAGGAUCCCAAUAACCCUUGCUGUCAAAUCCCUGAGUGUAUAUUGAACCUCCACAACCCAGAAAUUGAGGGCCAGAGAACGACACCACGUGUGCAAGGAAAUUAUUGUAUGUACAAUGGCAAGCAGUACCAGCAAGGACAAUCCUGGUAUGAUGGUUGCAGCUACAAGUGUACGUGUGAGGACGCUGGAAAAGGAAUCUACAGAUGUCUUAGCAGAUGUCCUGAAAUCUUGAAUGCAGAACCAGGCUGUAACUACAUCACAGAUCCCCGUGACCCUACUUGCUGCAGAGUUCCUGACUGUACCCCUGUCAAUAUAACCAACCCUCACCCUAUUCCUCCAAAGACCUAUCAAGGACAAAUUGUGGGAACAUCUGGCAAAUGUGUAUACAAAGGAAGUGAGUAUCGGGCUGGAGAAAGCUGGGAAGAUGGCUGCGACUUAACUUGUAUCUGUACAGAUGUCCUCAGGGGACACUAUGAGUGUGUGGACAGAUGCCCUGUGUACACCAACUUGCCAGACACUUGUCGAAUGGUCAAUGAUUUCACUAACCCCUGCUGUAAAAAGCCUGAAUGUAACAUCCCAGGUCAACUCGGAGGAACGGAUGGUUCUAAAUCGACCACAACAAAUCCUGUUCUCCCACAAACGCUCCCGCCAAAACAACAGUAUUGCGUGUACAAAAGUGCACAGUAUCUACAGGCACAAGUCUGGGAGGAUGGAUGUAACUACAAGUGUCGUUGCGAUGACUCCAGUCGUGGGAUCUACACAUGCAACCAGAGAUGUCCAACAUUCUCAAGUUUGACCCCAGGAUGCACAUUGAAGACUGACCCAAAGGACUCGUGCUGUUUAGUUGAAGUUUGUCCACAGCCUACACCAGGCCCUCAUCAAACUACACCAGUACCGACCAUUCUGCCAAAGCCUUUCACAGGAAGGGUAAACCUGCCCAUACCAAGUCCAGUUACUGGACACGAAAAACCUGCACCAAAACCAAUUGGUUUCUGUAUAUACAAGAGUGUCAUCUACACUCAAGGACAGAAAUGGAGUGAUGGAUGUGACUACAUUUGUGAAUGUUAUGAUGCUGAUAACGGAAAAUACAGAUGCACUCCCAAAUGUCCUUCCUACAUUGACUUGCCAACAGUUUGCAGAUUUCAUAAAGAUCCUGCCAACCCUUGUUGUGAUAUUGUGGAGUGUGCCGAGCUAACAACUACUCCUACUCAAACCACACAGCCUGGUCCAUCAAACCAGGCUCCGAAUGAAAAUCCAAAUCCGCAGACGACCACCAACAUCACACCGACUGCAACUCCACAAUCUAGAUGUACGUGUGAAUACAAGGGACAGCAGUAUAUACAGGGUCAGCAGUGGUUUGAUGGUUGUGACUUCUCCUGUGUUUGUGAAGACUGUGUUACCGGUGUGUACAGGUGCAACCAAAGGUGUCCAAGUUUUCAAACUCCACAUGCAGAAUGCAGUCUAGUUGCGGAUCCCAAAGAUCCACUUUGUUGUAAGAUUCCAGAGUGUCCCACAGCUGGGAAUUAUAACACUGCUCCACCUUUGGUCAUUCAAGGAGGAAAAGCAACCCGAAAUCCCACUAUCACUCUGACACCUACUGCUCUGCCACCUACACCUAUCACAGAUCAUGUCUAUACCGAAAAACCAUACAUGUUUUUCACUACCCGUCAGCCAACUCCACAAACACCACCAGUUUACAUCCUCAACACCUGUAUUUACAAAGGCAAAUCAUACACACAAGGACAAAGAUGGCAAGAUGGCUGUGACUACGAUUGUGUGUGUAAAGAUCAAAUGACCGGUGUCUACAAAUGUACUGAAAAAUGCCCAAGAAUUACAAAUCUGAACCCAGGCUGUCAGCUAGUCCAAGACAUCAACGAGCCUUGUUGUAAGAAAGCAUUCUGUCCCCCGAAUGUUUCACCAAUUGUGAUCAAGCCACCAACACCAACGACCCUCAAUGGGCGACCAGCUGUCUGCACGUACAAGGGUAUGGAUUUCAAACAAGGUGAAACUUGGAAGGAUGGCUGUGACUUGGUUUGCAUCUGUGAGAAUGGAACCACGGGGUUCUACAGAUGCGACGACAGAUGUGCGGUGUACCAGCUCCCUAAUGGAUGCGUCAUGAAAACAGAUCCUGCUGAUUCAUGCUGCAAGAAACCAGUUUGCCAACCGGAACUGAUGAUAGCACCAACAGUAUCCCCUACUCCCAGACCCAAACCCUGGGUGGUCCCUAGCCCCACUCCAUCCCCUACCCCAUAUACCCUACCAAUGCCUACUGGUGUGAACUAUGGGUCUGGACCAAAUGGAGGACGUGGGUGCUUGUACAAAGGAGUGUCUUACAAUGUUGGACAGACGUGGAAGGAUGGUUGCUUCUACACAUGCGAAUGCUUGGAUAUGCAGACUGGCAGAUAUAGAUGCAAAGAUAGAUGCCCAGCUCUCGAUGGAGUGGCACCUCCUCCUACCUGCCAGAUUGUCUCAGACCCAUCUGACUUUUGUUGUAAGAUGUUGCAAUGCCAGUAUUCCACGCCUGUCCCUACUCCAACAUUCAACAUUACCACUGGAACUCGUCCAUCAAUCCCAGGCACCAAUACUACUGGUAAGACCUCAGUAUCAUAUUCAUCGCAGACCACACCAGAAUAUACAAUUAGGCCAACAUCCAAAAAUGCUUGUGUCAUGAAUGGAGUGACCUACACUCCAGGGCAGACAUGGUAUGAUGGCUGCACGAGAUUAUGUGUGUGUGAAGAUGGAAGGACAGGAUAUUACAGAUGCAGACAAAGAUGUAAUACAUACGACAGCUUGCCGUCAUCAUGUACAUUAGUUCCGGAUCCCAAGGAUCCCUCAUGUUGCCAGAUACCACUAUGUGCCAUCCCAACCCCUGGUUUUAACCAGUCUGUUACUAUCAAAGGGCAGUCUGGGUCCUUUACAGGAUUUGGAAUUGCUGAAACACUGCCUCCUACUCCUUUCUUACCAAAUCAACAGUCAACUGGGCUACCCCAACCAAGCACUACUAAAUCAAAUGUUUGCGGUUUUAAUGGUUUGGCCUACAAGACAGGGGAAAGGUGGCAAGAUGGAUGCAAGUACACCUGUGUGUGUGAGGAUGGAAACAUGGGGCGAUACAAAUGCACUGAAAGGUGUCCUGCUGUUCCGCGACUGUCACCUGGCUGUACCCUACAGACAGAUCCCAGUGACUACUGCUGUGAGGUCGCAGUGUGUCGUCAGACAACUACUCCUCUCCCUGGACGGUUAACAUCACCUCCCACCAAACCACAAACUUUCUGUGUGUACAACGGUGCCCCGUACACCCAGGGACAAACUUGGCAGGAUGGCUGUUCUACAACUUGUCGAUGUGAUGAUGCUGACAACAAUCUUUACAACUGCUUUGAUAGAUGUCCGCAUUAUCCUGACUUGCCAGCUGGAUGCAUUAAGACCGCUGACCCCAAUGACCCAUGUUGUCUCGUUCCUGUAUGUAAUACUCCCAAACCUACCACUUACAACCCACUGUACCCAACAACCACAGCCAAUCCAAACCGACCCACCACACCCUACAAUCCAUACGUUACACCACUGCCUAAAGGCGAGAUCGUGGGAUACAAUCCCAUCACACAGAAUACGUACAAUAUAUCACCCAAACCAACAUACUGUGUGUACAAAGGGAAAAAAUACACCAAUAACCAGACAUGGCAGGAUGGUUGUGAUUACAACUGUGAAUGUAUUGACCAAGCAACCGGACGUUACAGAUGUACUGAGAGAUGCCCAACUUUCCCAGUGCAAUCAAACUGUUUUAUGGUACCAAGCCAGACCGACGACUGCUGCCGAGUGCAAUAUUGUCCACCUCCAACACCUGGCACCACUCUAGUACCAAACCCAGAGCAGUCCACCACAGUUCCACUGAUACCCAUACCUCAGCCGAGCGAGAUCUGUAUAUACGAUGGUAAAAGGUAUACCCAAGGGCAGGCCUGGUAUGACGGAUGUGAUCAGAAAUGUGUCUGUGAUAAUGGAAAAACAGGCCACUACACAUGCAUCCCAAGAUGUCUUCAGUAUCAAGCUGGCUCUCAGUGCAUUAUGGUGCCUGAUCCCCAGGAUCCUUCCUGUUGCAUGGUGCCUCAGUGCCCUCAGAGUAACACUGUUUACCCAGUUAUCGUAGGAAUACAGACACCAACCACUCCAACCAUUGCCCUGACGACACCUAUCAAGACCGUUGUUGAUCCUAAUGGAUCAGUAACGUUUGGAACUACACCAAUCCUUCAUAUGUGUGUAUACAAAGGACAGAUGUACCAACAGGGUCAGAAAUGGCAGGAUGGUUGUGAUUAUUUCUGCGAAUGUGUCAAUUCCACCACUGGAAAGUACCAGUGCACAGAAAGAUGCCCCAACUCGAACCAGAUCCCAUUGACCUGUCAACUCAAGUAUAACCCAGAUGACCCCUGUUGUCCUUUGCCUGACUGCCCGUCCAUCAUAUCCCCCAGUCCUGGAUCCAAUGUGGCACCCACUGUUCACCCUCCACCAAUACCAGCUUUCUGUGUGUACAAUGGAGUCCCAUACAGGCAGGGACAAAGCUGGGAUGUUGACUGUGAGAAGAUCUGCAGAUGUGAUGAUGCAAGGAAUAGUCUGAUCAACUGUGAUGAAAGAUGUCCAAGCUACCCACCACCCAAACCAGGAUGUCGACUAGUGACGGAUCCUAGUGACCAGUGCUGUCAGUCGCAGAUCUGUAUCGACAUAAACUCCACUAACCCCUUCACGGUUGUUUCAGGGAGCAAGGGAACCUUCACAGGGAUGCCAAAACAACCAGUUUCUGGACAACCAAGCAUUUCUCAGAUUUAUGGUACCAUGAUGUGUGUAUAUCGUGGUAAAGCUUACUCACAAGGACAGAAAUGGGACGACGGAUGCCAGUUCCAGUGUGAAUGUAUUGACCAGCAGGCUGGAAGAUACAAAUGUACCGAAAGGUGUACUAGACACCCACAGGUUCCUUCCUACUGCACCUUGACUCAGGAUCCAAACGAUGCAUGUUGCCAGUCUGUGUACUGUCCUAUCCAACCAACAGCUGCCCCUAUAAGGCCCGGAGAGGUCACCCAUGGCGUGACCAAUCACUUCAAGCUACCACCUCCUCUUGCAAUCUGCGUGUACAACAGACAAGCCUACAGACAGGACCAGGAAUGGUUUGAUGGUUGUGACAAGAAGUGUGUCUGUGUGAAUGCCAAGACGGGCUACUACCGAUGUCAGCAGAGAUGCAAUGUUUACACGCAUGUAUCAUCUGGUUGUAUGCUGGUUCCCGAUCCCAGUGAUCCAACAUGCUGUAAAGCUCCCAGUUGUCCUGUUGUUCAACCAGGAGCUCCCCCAAUCACUGGUUUAAUUAAACCAUUACAAACAGAAAAAGGAACCAUCACAGGAAAUGCCACACCACCACCUGAACCUGUAACAAUAAAUGUCAAUGGCAACCCUCAUACAGGUACUAAUGGAAACAACGUCACUCCCAAUCCAAGAAGAGGAUGCUUCUUCAAGGACACGAUUUACAGGAGAGGAGAUAAGUGGCAAGAUGGCUGUGAAUACACCUGUGAAUGUAUGGACGAUAUGAAUGGUCUCUACAAAUGUACCGAGAGAUGCCAGAAAUUUCCUAACCUGCCUUACUACUGUGUGCUUGUACAAGACCAGAGUGAUCAUUGCUGUGGUAUCCCAUACUGCGGAAACCCUAACAACACAGCACCACUGGGUAACAUUCCUACACAGUUCCAGAUCAUGUCUCAGACUACUCCCACAUACAUCAACCCCAACCAACCCAGACCCUUCAGCGGUACCAAGCCAUCCACUCAAACAAAUGGUUAUUGUAUGUAUAAGGGUGUGUACUACAGACAAGGACAAACCUGGUCAGAUGGAUGUGACAAGAUCUGCACUUGUGAUGAUGUUAUAAACAAUCUCUUCAGCUGCCGGACUAGAUGUCCACAGUUUAACCACAUCCCUGACACCUGCCAUUUGGUUGCUGAUCAGAAUGAUCCUUGCUGUCUGGUCCCAGACUGUAACACUAGUCCUUCUCACCCAUUUGGAUACUCGGGCUCCACUACACCUCGGCCUGUAUACUACUUAACCCCAGUCAUUAAUCCAGGCUUCAGUGGCCAGAGCAAUGUUGGACCCAACAAUCCACUCAGCACUCUCAUUAAUGGCACAACUGGUGCUUGUGUGUACAAGGGGAAAAUAUACCAGCAGAAUCAGAAAUGGCAAGAUGGCUGCAAGCUCACAUGUCAGUGCUUAGAUGCGCUGAGAGGACAGUACAAAUGUAUUUAUACAUGUCCUCAAUAUUACAACUUGCCAUGGUAUUGUACCUAUGAACAGGAUCCGAAUAACACCUGCUGUCAAAGAGUACGGUGUGAUGAGAGCGAGCCUAACACUACACAAACAACCGUUACCAUUCCACCAUUAAAUGUCACUACCACACAGGAAACCACAAUACCUUCAGAUAUGUGCCGCUAUACUGACAACACAGUACAUGUGCAAGGGGCUACAUGGGAUGAUGGUUGUAACUAUAGAUGUAUCUGUAUUGAUGCGAAGAUAAACUACUACAGAUGCAGUGCUAGAUGUCGGGUGUAUUCGGGUCUCCCGUCCUACUGCACCCUCGCAACGGACCCUGCUGACAUCUGUUGCAAAAUUCCAAAGUGCAAUAGCGGAACGAUCACCCUCCAACCAGUGUAUACCAACAUGUCUGGAUCCUCCACUCCACCACCUAAUGCCUUAAACGUCGUUCCAAUUGGAUCUCAUAACACCAUUUAUGGCUCACAUGAGGUCAGGCCAGGUGCAGUCAACCCUUUCAUCUCAGCUGGAGGGUAUCAUGCUUGUAUCUACAAGGGAUCAGUAUACAAACAAGGUGAUUCAUGGCAGGAUGGUUGUAACUAUGUAUGUACUUGUGACAAUGCCCAAAACGGGGAAUACAAAUGUGUAUCCAGAUGUCCAAUUUAUCCAUCCACCCUCCCAACCUACUGUAUACAGGUAGCAAUCCCAGGACAAUGCUGUCCUAAGCUUAGUUGUGACAUCCCUGGAACCAAUGGCUCCUAUGUACCACAAUCUGAAGUGCGGAUUACCCCAGCUCCCACCAACCCUGGAGGAUUGGUAGUCACGCCUGCAGAAGGAAACCUUCACGUACAGGGAUCAUAUACCAUAGCAACCAAUGCCCCACAUACUAUGACCACAGCGUUUCCUGGUCAGGGCUUCCCCAUAUCUCAGAGUCAGAUAGCAAGUGUUAGAGCUCAGUGUAUUUUCCCGACGAAAAAUGGCCAGCAAUAUGCGAUUUACAAUGAAGGAGAACAGUGGAGUGAUGGCUGUGACUACACCUGUACCUGUAAGGACGGUGCCUCUGGUUACUAUGAGUGUAUCUCAUCAUGUCCCACCUACAACAACUUGGAAUCUAGUCGUUGCUAUAUGGUCCGUAUAGACGGCAAGUGUUGCUCAGAACCACGUUGUAUGCUCGCCAAUGGACAGGUUGUAGACCCCAUGAAAGUUCAGACAUCAUUCCCUAUUGUACCUUCCUUCAGUGGAGGUUACGUCAACUUCAGACCUGAUAAAAACUAUACUGCACUUGAAACUGGAGGUGUUGUGGUCAGAAACGUCUGUAUCUACAAGGGACGGCAGUACCAUCAGGGUCAGCUUUGGAACGAUGGAUGCGACUUUGACUGCAGAUGUGAUGAUGCAUCCACUGGACAGUUCUCUUGCACACCUCGAUGCCCCGUUUACACGGAGAUGCCCUCUUUCUGCUCACUGGACACUAUAGCUGGAGAAUGCUGCAAGAAAUUAAACUGUCCUCAUGUAGUUCCCAGUGGCAUCACCACAACCCUCAAACCCAUGAAGCCAUCAUGCGACUGGUGUAAAGACACCCUGUCAACCUGCGAGUCUUACGGACAUCAAGCCUGUGUUGACCCAUAUAUUCCAUGGGCCAAGAGAAACUGUGCCAACUAUUGCAACUUGUGCCAAUACGAUUGUACCCAUCCCCCUCCUAUUAUCACCACAUCACUACCGGAUAGCCAGUGUCACAAUGAAUUGGAUAACUGUGAGGAUUAUGGCAAGGACUCCUGUACAGGAAUAUUUAAACCAUGGGCAAGGAAAAACUGCCAAGCCUUCUGUGGCUAUUGUAAUGACACAGCACUACCGAAUUCUACUUGUCGUGAUGUGUCCCCAGUGUGUUCUCAGAUGGACUCAAAUAUAUGCACGUCGAUUGUUUACAAAGCAUGGGCUCAGACAAACUGCAUGAAGACCUGUAAUCAUCUGUGUUCACAACAAUCCAAGAGCUGUCGCUACACGGAUGGUGUUACACAUGAACAUGGGUCUUGGUGGCAAGAUGGCUGCAGUGCUGAUGCUAAGAACUGUACCUGUAACAAUGGCAUUGUCAAGUGCUUAAAAUUGUGCCACUCAAUCGAAAACCUACCAAGUGGUUGGCAGGUUGAACGCGUGACUGGGAAAUGCUGUCCUAUAGUUAAACCGCCAAAACGCAAUGCUUGUCAUUACAAUGGUACAUCAUAUGAACAAGACCAAUCGUGGAGGGAUGGAUGCCGAUUGAGCUGUAAAUGCACAAAUGCACAGCUCGGAAUGUACCAAUGCAAUGAAUUGUGCCCACAACUAAAUUUGCCCGACGUGUGUCACUGGGAGAAACGCCCGAACAAGUGUUGCAGAAAACCGAUUUGCCCAGAUGUCAUUGUCAUCCAAGGAUAUCCUGAUGUGUAGGCAUCAACAUUGACAUUUAAUUGUGGAAAUUCCAGUUUUAUACAAAUAAAUCCUCUUUGU